ACUGACAUUCUAAAUCUCGAGCGCCAUUCGUACCAUAAUAAAUGUGUGACUCGCGACCACUACUCUAGUCCCAUCGCUGCCGCCUUUUUUAUUAUCGCUUUAUUUUCGAAGUCUCGCCCGUCUAUGGUGUAAAAGGGUCCGAAUCUUCCGACUCGUCUGGUGUCUCCAGGACCCCAACUGAACUCUCUACCCUUCUCCCCCCCGAGUGGUGCCAAGGACUUGUCCAAGCUAUCUCCAACUCUUUAGUGUUAGCUCAUCCGUGUAUGAAGCUCCCAUAAUUUCUCUAUGGGAAAAAUGGCAAAGCGCACAGCAACAAGAGAGCUGACCCAUGACAACUGGGAAGCAGAAGAAGAACGGGAGGAAAUGGGGACAUUUCGACAGGCUUCGGAAGAACAGCUGGCAACCAGAAAGAUCAAGACUGCGCGGCGACGGGGCACAAUGGGGAAGCGGGAGCACCUUCAGUAUUCAAGGGGAUGUCAGUCUUCUCUAGUUUUAAUUCCUCUUCAACGACCUCUGCUGCGCCUUCCUUUUAAUUUCUUGAACAGCAUCUCAAAGGAAAGUUCGGACAAUUCAUCAAGUAAGCUGAACUCUAAUUGUGAUCCCACGCCGGAAAAGACGUCGCAGCCUCUAAAAGUGACGCAAGAUUCAGCACUGUCCAAUGCCAAGGGAUCAGAAUCAAAACUAAAAGGACCUUUGGAUAACAAAGAGGUUUCAGAAGAAGAAGGAAAGAGUACCGUCUUCUUAACCCAUCUCAAAGCAUUGAAUGAAGGAGUGGUUGUUUGGAUCAAAAAGCAUCUAGAUAAAAACCCGCACGUCAACCUUACGCCUGUGUUUGACGACUAUAAAAAGCAUUUUUCAGAGUUGCUGAAGAAAUAUCCACCGGAGGAAGGUUCCUCCAAGGAAUCUGAGGGAGCUUCAUCAACAAAUUCUUCUAAAAAGGAUCUAGCAGUUGGAAAAGAAAACACUCCAGUAGUGCCAGAAGUGUCGAAAGAAACUACAACAGUCAAGCCUUUCACUUUUGGCCUUCAGACUACAGCAGCAGAAAAGCCAGCCGAAAGUGUCAAAUCCAUAUUCACCUUUGGGUCAAAUUCUAAUGACAGCGAAAAGAAGGCCGCUCCUAUGUUUACUUUCACAGGGUUCGGUAAUAGUUCCCAAAAAUCAGAGGGAUUAUCUUUUGGAAAUUCAAAUAGCAACAGCAGUAGUUCUGGUUUAUUUGGUGGGUUUAACUCCUCUUCUACAAAAGAUGGUAACACAGGGUUUAGCUUUGGAGUAGGCAGUACGUCAGCUACGUCGGAGAAUAAAGACGAUGGGGACAAGACAGAAGAGGCUAGUGAUGAGCCACCAAAAGUAGAGGUGAAUGAGGUAAAGGAAGAAGGUGCGUUUUAUGACAAGAAAUGCAAGUUAUUCUAUAUGAAAGAUGGAGCAUAUGUUGACAGAGGUGUAGGCACAUUAUAUCUUAAAAAGGUAGAUGAAAAAACUCAGUUAUUGGUUAGAGCUUACACAAAUCUAGGAAAUAUAUUACUUAACAUUGUUCUCAAUAACUCUGUACCGGCUGUUCGCGCGGGAAAGAAUGGCGUAAUUAUAGUGUGCGUUCCUAAUCCUCCCAUAGAAACUGAUGCCGAAAAAGCAAAGGAGCCAACUAAGAUGUUAAUUCGUGUGAAAACCACUGAGGACGCUGAUGCGCUAUUAGAGAAGAUACAGGAGAAUAAGAACUAAAUGGAAUUAGGAUAUAAUUGGCAUUUUCUGAUCUUUGAACGUUUUCGCUCUCCCGUAAAUUGUGCAUUUUGUGAGAAUACAUUAUGUUGCAAUACAUUAGUGUAUGUGGCUGUUUUAUUGUGUAACUGACUUUGGGGGUUAUUCAAGUACUUUUAAUGACAACACAUUGAAAUUGAUGACAACACAUUGAAAGUGGAAUUGAUUUUACAUGUUGUGUUGCUAUUUCAUUUUAUCUUUCAUUUAAUGUUCUUCAAAUUUGUAAUUGCAGAUUUUUUUUUAUACUCAGACUUCAGAAAAAAUCAGAUUAUGGCAGGAGACGGAAAGACUACUUGAAAUUUUUAAUUAUGGUUUAAGUAUUAGGCAUGAUGGUGUAUACUAAAUAUAUUCUUUUUGAUGAUA